AUGAAGAAAAACCAGACAUCUGUAACAGAUUUUAUCCUGGCUGGGUUUUCCGUUUCUCCAGCUUUACAAUCAUUUUUAUUUGUGUUGUUCCUUCUCAUGUAUAUUAUCACUGUGAUUGGGAAUCUGCUGAUCAUUGUAGUCAUUCGGACUGAUAGGACCCUUCAUGUCCCCAUGUAUUUAUUCCUUUUUGUUUUAUCCUUUUCUGAGUCAUGUUACAGUUUAGUCAUCAUUCCGAAAAUGCUGGUGGACUUGCUAACCAAGAGUAAAACAAUCUCUUUUGCUGGGUGUGUUGCACAAAUGUUUUUCUUCCUUGGAUUGGGGGGCACAAACUGCUUCAUCCUUACCAUAAUGGGGUUUGACCGAUACCUCGCCAUAUGUAAGCCCCUGCACUACCCUGUCCUCAUGAACAAUCGGGUGAUUCUAUGGCUUGUAGCUUUUUCAUGGAUGGCAGGGUUUCUGAUAUCUGUUGCUGAGAUAACUCUGAUUUUCAGGUUGCCCUACUGUGGCUCCAAAACCAUCAACCACUUCUUUUGUCACAUGAGGACAGUGGUUAGGUUGGCCUGCACUGAUGAAAGUAACACUGAAGUUGUGGUCUCUGCAGUCUCAAUUUUUGGCUUGUCUAGCAGUUUCCUGUUCAUCAUAUUGACCUACGUCUUCAUCCUCUCCACUAUUUUUCAAAUGCCCUCCACUGAUGGUUGGCAGAGGGCCUUCUCCACCUGUGCCUCUCACCUCAUUGUGGUAAUUAUGCACUAUGGGUUUGCUGCAAUUGUCUACCUCAGGCCCAGUGCUUCUGACACUUUAGACAAUGACACACUGAUAUCAAUACCCUACACCAUCAUUACGCCCCUUCUCAGUCCUAUAAUAUUUACCCUGAGAAACAAGGACAUCAAAAUUGCUGUAAGGAAAGCAAUCAGCAAAAAUACAUGUUCCUCCAUAAUGUGGAAACGUUGA